GCCCCAGAUCCUGGUUUAUAUAUUUCUUUUGCAGUUUGAGGCUGUGAGGGCGCGGGGAGCCGAUCCCAUGUCCCACAAACUGAGACGUCUCAAUGAGCAGUUCCAUCAGUUCAGGGCUAUGACCCAGACCCGUUUGGACACGUUGGCUCUGAGCCAGAACAGAACUUCCUCCAAAAGCCUGGAGAGUCACAUUCAGGCCCUGAAUGACCAUUACCACCAUAUGUCACAGGACCUGGAGCACCUGCGGCACAGCGCAGCCCAGGAGAUUCAAGACCUAAGACACUGGACUAGGAAGCUUGAGAAGAGGAAUAAGCGAAUGGAAGGUCGAUUGGCUUUGAUGGAGACAAAGUGUCUCCAUUUCCAGAAACCGAAGUAUGAUCCUGGUCAGGACUUCUUCAAUUUCACCGUGGAGCUCCAAAGCCAAGAAGAAAUGCUGUCUGCCCUUCAGGUCCAACGUGAUGAGCUGCUGGUUGGACUACAUGGUUUACAGGAAUCCCUGAAAAACCAGGCACUGCGUGUGACCCGACUGGAGGGCCAGAUCAGUGAGGUCCUUCAGUGGAGUGGAAGAUGGAAGAUCAGAGGUUCAGGGAUGACGGGAGUCAGCUCCAAAAUGACAUCUCAGAAAUUCACUGAACAUUGUGGGAGAAACCAGACACAUAAAGGAGGGAGGCUUUGGAGGAGAAGGUGUCAACCUAACCCAAACUGAUGGUCAUUUCCCAGACAAACAGGAUCAAUACCAAACAACAAAGAAACCCAUAGAUUUUAAAUCCCAAAAACCAAGCCUUCGUUCAAAAUUUCAGUCUCAUAGGACCAUUAUUUAUAAUCAAGCCCAGGUCAAGAAAUCAUUCCAGCCUAGACAGUGUUCAGUACACAAACUCCCAUCUUGGACCGGGCCCCCACAGCCUCCACCCCAUCUAGAUCAAAUCAAUAACCCAACAAUCAGGACCAGGCAGAGGGUGCACAAAACCAAGCUUCACAUGCUCUUCAGCAGUUACAUACGGAGUAUCAACUCAGGGGUUUCUCAUGGGAUGAAAGAGAGGAGGACGAGAUGGACACUAAGGCAGGGUCCUCAGAGAUCCAUAAAGUCCUGCAGCUUUUGGACACACAAGGUCCAGACACAGCCAACUCCUGAAAACGACGCUAUCAGUAAAUAAAAAUUACUGACUGACAAGUUUCUUGUUUGAUCAAUACAUCCAUCGCUGAUACAGCCAGAAAAACCAAAUCAAAGGAAGCACAUUUUGCUCAUUCAAAGGUUAUUUUUUUAAUUUGAGGGUUAACUUGGAAAAGUUGAGAUAGUUUAACGUAUGUUUAAUAUUUUAUUUUUGAAAACUGUAAACUCCCAGGCAAACCCAUCGGUUAGUACGAUUAAUGCAGCUACUUGUUUUUUAGUUUGAGGCAAAUUCUUCUCCAUUGAAGCAUUUCACAGGCUGCAGUUAUGAUGCAGUAGUUGUUUUCAGGCAUUGACAUC